AUGCCUCUAGUUCGUCGAAACACCGAUACUUAUGAGGGGUGUCUUCGUGAUCUUCAAGCCUUUCUCAAGAACUCCAACUGGUCUCUGAAUCUCGUUACUCGAAUCUUCUACGAGCCACUUAAGUCUAUCCUGACCUCUCUGGCUGAUGAUCCGUCCACUGCCAGCACAGGUCUUGGAAAGGCGGCAGCUUCGGCACUGACAAUGUUUAAAAUGGCCAAGAGCUUGGUGGGUGACUUGAACAUCCUUUCGGAGGUUUCUAAUGAUAUUUUCGACAGUACGGUACAUCUUCUGAAUUAUUGCCUGCAGGUUGGUAUUGCAAUGCAUUUUAUUCAAAUUUUGAUCAAUUUGUAG